AUGUUGGUAUUGACGGCGAGGAUUCUGGUGUCGCCUCAGGUCACUGCCGUCUUUGCCUUCUGCACGCAUGGUUUCAUGUGGCUGCCAGAGAUCUACCGCGCCUUCCGUCGUGGUCGUCCCAGUGCGCUCGGUGGCCUCGACGUCGUGCGCACUACUGUGCCGGGAGACGGGGAUAUUGCAUCCGGUCCUAGCCUUGGACGGCCUGCGGAGUACAUCCUCGGUACCACCAUCCUGCGGUCUGCGCAUCUGCUGUACUUCUUGGCAAAUGAGGACAAUGUGUUCGAGAUUGGGGAGAGAGCAUGGGCACGACCAUUGGUGCUGUUCAUGUUCUUGCAGGCAGGGUUCGUGAUCCUACAGAGUUGGGUCGGACCAACGUUCUUCAUGCCAGCGCGGCUCGCGACCCGUAAUGACGUCUACGACUACCAUCCACCCCUACCCACAGACCUUGAAGCUGCCCUUGGCGACUGCGCUAUAUGCAUGGAAGCAAUUGACAUCGGGGGCGAAGGCGGGUCAGGGGAGAAGGAAACGUCGAUAGCUCCGCUUCGUGGUGCGCGUAAGGAGUACAGUCUGGCGCCGUGCCACCAUCUAUUCCAUACGAAAUGCCUGGAGAGGUGGCUUGCGAUCAAGAAUAUAUGUCCUCAGUGUCGGCGACCGUUACCACCGUUGUAA